AUGGGGGCUCGGCAGCGGGUCAACGCCUUUUCGCUUCUCACAGUCGGUUUGUUAUUGUGGCUGCUGUGUGGAAGGAGCUCCAGCAAACCCGUGGGAAAAUGUGGCGGCAACAAGCCGUGCCAAUCCCCGGGACCCCCAGUCGUCCUCGUUCCAGGGGACCUAGGAAACCAGCUGGAGGCAAAAUUGGACAAACCCAGCGUGGUUCAUUAUAUUUGUUACAAGAAGACGGACACCUUCUUCACUUUAUGGCUCAACUUGGAGCAGCUAGUACCUGUUGCCAUUGACUGCUGGAUGGACAACAUAAGGCUGAUCUACAACAGGACCACACACACUACCUCGUCGCCACCCGGCGUCAACAUCAGCGUGCCAGGAUUCGGAGACACAUACUCGGUGGAGUAUCUGGACCCUAGUAAACGCAGUGUUGGUAUGUAUUUCUUUAAUAUUGUACAGGCCAUGGUGGACUGGGGCUACACACGGGGUGUUGACGUGAGAGGAGCCCCCUAUGAUUGGAGGAAAGCACCUAACGAAAAUAAGGAUUACUUCCUAGCGUUACAGAAAAUGAUCGAAGAGAUGGCAGAAAAUGCUGGCGGACCCGUAGUCAUAAUCGCCCACAGUAUGGGCAACAUGUAUACUUUGUACUUCCUCAACCAGCAGCCUCAAGCUUGGAAGGACAAAUAUAUCAAAGCCUUUGUCGCUCUUGGACCACCAUGGGCUGGCGUGGCCAAGACGCUUCGUGUCAUCACCUCAGGUGACAAUAACGGCAUUCCGGUAAUCAGACCACUAAAGAUCCGCUCUCAGCAACGGACGGCUGUGUCCACCUCUUGGCUGCUUCCCUAUGCCCACACCUGGCCUAAAGAUAAGGUUUUGAUCCAGACACCCACGACUAAUUACACCGUGAUGGACUACAAGAAACUCUAUUUUGACCUCGGUUUUGAGGACGGCUGGCUCAUGCGUCAGGACACGGAGUCUUUGCUCUACGACCUAACACCGCCCGGUGUGGCAGUCCACUGCUUGUACGGCACUGGCGUUCCCACAUCCGAAGCCUACCAGUACACCUCAAAGUUCCCCGAUGUGGACCCCACCGUAGUGAUGGGUGAUGGCGACGGCACGGUCAACCUGCUGAGCGCCACGCAAUGCAAGCGCUGGGCCGGGCAGCAAAAACAAGCGGUGACCUUGCAAGAGCUUCCUGAGAAUGAGCACGUCAACAUGCUGCUCAACGUCUCCACUGUGGCCUACAUUAAGAAGGUGCUUUUCAACACCUGA